GUGGUCGCGGGCCUCUCGACCUUCUCGAUGAUGGGGCUGCUCACCGGGCUCAGCGCCGCGGCGGGCGACCGCAUGGGCAUGCCGGGGCCCCUGACGCUUGGCGCCGGUGCGGCUCUGCUGGUGCUGUGCUGCGGCAGGGAGGUCGCGAAGGUGUGGUGUGGAUCUGCAGCGGGGACUUCUCCCGAGCAGGCGGCGAUGCAGCACACAAUGGCGUCCAUGCCAGCGCCGCUCACCCGCCUCGUCCGGGCAUUCAUCGUUUUCUACUUCGGUGUUCUCGUGGCCACGAUGGCAUUGGGGCAGCCUGAGACGCAGGUCUCCACUGGCGUGCACCAGCCCUUCGCCAUGAGCGCGAGCACCUGCCUCGCCGAAGACACUGAUCUGGUCGAGUACCGCCGACUGCGUUUUGCCUGCCGCGACCCGCCGCGACACCUCCCGCUGGCCAGCGGCAGCGGGGGUGCGGACACGCCCUGGCACGCUCGGGGGUGGGCGCACGACGCGGCGGAGCUGCCGCCGAUCCACCAUCCGAGCGAGUACCUGACGUUCGACUGCGACCGCGACCCCGCAGUUCUGGCGGCGCUGGAAAGGGCCGGCGUCCAGGCGAUCCCGCCGGAGGCGGCGACGUUGUCGGCGGAGGGCCUGGCAUCGUGGUACACCGUGUGCGGCGUUGCGAGCUCGAACGUGCGGGGGCUGUCGUGGUGCGUGGUACUGGGGCUGCUAGGCGUUGUCCUGUUCGAUGGGUCUCUCAGCAUGAGCCAAAGACGAAGCGACGCUCUGGGCCAGCAGGGCGGCACUUUGUCGACUGCCGGCGCGGACGAGCCCUUGGACGCGGCGCCCGCGAGCGAGAAGGAAUAUUGGUCCGCCCGCUCCGGGGAUGGCGACGAUGACAAGUUCAGGUCCGCCUCCCUCUCCGAGGCGAGCCAGGACCGCUGGGUCGAGAAGACGAACCAGAAGCGGCUCUCAGCUUUCGGGCGCGCGCUGAAGCACGGCCUCGACCCCGUGGUCGAGCCGCUGCUCGCGCUGCCCGGCGGCUGGUUCUUCGCCUCCAUUCGGGCGUCCGUGAACGCCCGAUCAAUCGCGCUCGGAGCCCUCAUGCUCGGGCUGCAGUUCGCUGCCGGGGCGGCCUUUCAGCGGGCGCUGGGCCCGGACAUCCUCGGGCCAGGCGCCGGGACCGUCGGCGGCGGCGGGCGGGCUGCAGCGCCGGGCGAGGGUCUCCUGCUGCAGCCCCUCUACGAGUCCGCGAAGGCGCUCCUCGCGAUUGCCGUGGCGGGCCGCCUGGGGCCCCUGGGCCUCGCCUUCACCCUGGUCGACGUGCUCUUCACCGGCUGCGGCGUCGUGCAGGCCUCGCAGGCGCAGGCCGAGAGCGGGAAGGUCGCGCGGACCAGCCUGGAGCGGUUUGGGGGGAAGAGUUUGGGGCUCUGGCGCGUAGUGAAGUCGCACGUCCUCUUCCAGCUGGUGCUCGUCCCGGUCUACUGCAUGCUCCUCUGGAGGCCGCAGGAGAUGCACAUGUACCCGACGCCGUGGUUCUCUGCCGACUCGGCGGCGGGGUCUUCUGGCGCGGUUCCCGCGCUUCCGGCCUCGGCGCCCACUUUGCCUGAGUUCAUCCUCACGUAUCUGUUCUCGCUGCUGAGCAUGGACGCGGGCUACGGAUGGUGGCACUUCCUGGCGCACCGGUACAAGCAGAUCUACAAAAAUGUGCACGCGUGGCAUCACGAGUACCACGCGCCUUUCGCCUUGGUCAGUCAGCAUGCGCACCCGGUCGAGCUGGGUGUCACAGGAGCGCUCGCGGUGUGUGGUCCGAUAGCUUGUGGGGCACAUCCAUUCGUGCUUUGGGUCGCGCUCUUAUCCAGCGUGGUCAUGAGUGUCGAUGCGCAUUGCGGCUACGAUCUGCCGUGGUUCCUUAAUGCGAGGAAGCUCACCUUCGGGAUAGUAGGGGGCAUGAGGCAUCAUGACGAUCACCACCGGAAGCCCUGGGGCAACUUCGCGCCAUUCUUCACAUAUCUUGAUGUGCUCGCGUGCACGAAUCAUGAAGACGUGGGGCCAAUUUCGGACAUGCAUGCGUGA